CAUAUCAACUCGUUCAUUCUCCAUUCUCUUACACGACAACCAAGCUAGCUCGAGGUCUACGAAGGACAGGAAAUCGGAGGAUCAAACUACAUGGGAGCGGGGAUGAAGCGCGCGAGCGACGAGGAGGUAUUGUCAUUGGCCCUGGCACUGACCACGGACUCAUCAACGUCGUCCACGACGUCAGCAGACUCGGCCGACGGCUCACCAGCCAAGAAAGCGCGGCGGCGCACGAGGGGCACCGUGGUGGCGACGUCCGGUGAGGGGGAGUUUGUGUGCAAGACGUGCGGCCGUGCCUUCGCCUCGUUCCAGGCGCUCGGCGGUCACCGGACGAGCCACCUUCGGGGCCGCCACGAGCUGGAGCUCGGCGUCGGCAUCUCCAGGGCCAUCAGAGAACGGAGAAGACGGGAGAACAAGCAGCACGAGUGCAGCAUCUGCGGCAUGGGGUUCGAGAUGGGCCAGGCGCUCGGGGGACACAUGAGGCGUCACCGCGAGGAGAUGGCACUGCGCGGCCGCGGCGACGACGAGCAGUGGGUGUGUCGCGGUGUCGAGCUACAGCCGGGUCAGGUGGUGACGGGGCACCAGACCACUUCCAACCAGCCGCCCGUCUUGCUCAACUUGUUCGUCUAG